AUGAACCUAGCCAAUGAACUAGCACGUCAUUACUACGUCAGACUGUACAAGGACCCUGUCAUUCUAACAUGUACUCACAGCUUCUGUAAAGUCUGUCUGAAGCAGUUCUGGGAAACUAAACCAUCCAGAGAAUGUCCAGUCUGCAGGAGGAGGUCAUCAAAGGAACAGCCUCUAACUAACCUGGCGUUAAGAAACUUGUGUGAGGUGUACUUACAGGAGAGAAGUCAGAGAGGAGCGCUGUGUAGUCUCCAUGGUGACCCACUCAGGCUGUUUUGUCAUGAUGAUCAGCAGCUUGUGUGUUACUCGUGUCGAGACUCAAAACUCCACAGGAGUCACCAGUUCAGCCCUGUUGAUGAAGCAGCAGCUGACCGGAAGGAAGAGCUCAAAAUUAAACUAUAUCCCAUGAAGGAGAAGCUGAAGGCUUUUAAAAAAGCAAAACUCACCUGUGAUGGAACAGCUGAACACAUUAAGACUCAGGCCCAGCACACAGAGAAGCAGAUCAAGGAGGAGUUUGAGAAGCUUCACCAGUUUCUACGAGAUGAAGAGGCAGCCAGGAUAGCUGCACUGAGGGAGGAAGAGGAGCAGAAGAGUCAGAUGAUGAAGGAGAAGAUUGAGAAGAUGAACAGAGAGAUCUCAUCUCUUUCAGACUCAAUCAGAGCCAUAGAAGAGCAGAUGGGAGCUGGCGACAUCAUAUUCCUGCAGCAGUGCACACUGCAGGAUCCAGAGAGGGUUUCAGGAGCUCUGAUCAAUGUGGCAAAGCACCUGGGCAACCUGAAGUUCAGAGUCUGGGAGAAGAUGCAGGAGACUGUUCAGUAUGCUCCUGUGACUCUGGAUCCCAACACUGCAGCUUCACUUCUCAUCCUGUCUGAGGAUCUGACCAGUGUGAGACGUGGUAAUGAGAAGCAGCAGCUUCCUGAUAACCCAGAGAGAUUUGAUGUGUAUGCCAGUGUCCUGGGCUCUGAUGGCUUUAACUCAGGGACUCACUGCUGGGAUGUGGAGGUUGGAGAGAACAAAUGGUGGGGUGUGGGUGUGAUGACAGAGUCGGCCCAGAGGAAGGGAGACUAUGACUCCAUGAGUGGAUGGUGGUAUAUGUGGUAUAAUGGUGCUGCAUAUAGAGCACGUGCUCCUCCUCAGCCCUUCACUCUCCUCACAGUGCAGCAGAAACUCCAGAGGAUCAGAGUGCAGCUGGACUGGGACAGAGGAAAGCUGUCAUUCUCUGACCCCGACAAUAACACACACCUACACACUCUCAAACACACUUUCACUGAGAGAGUGUUUCCAUAUUUUAAUAUGGGCCGUAGCCUCUCUCCUCUGUGUAUUGUACCAGUGAAGGCCUCUGUGUCAGUAGAGCAGCCCAGUUAGAGCAGAAACUGUCUCUGUCUGAACAAGAGCCGACAUGCAGAGACGGAUGGAGACAUUUGGGUGUUAGUCAUGAGUCACUCACACAGUAACUACGGUACAGUCAAUCUAAUAUCUGACCUGUGAGGGAUCA